CGCAACACGUUAGUGAAUGAGCGCGCACGGGAGAUCGACGCCGUUCGCGGACGCUCACGCAAGCUUUAUAUCGCGGGGAUGUUUUCCAUUAUAAUACAUUUCCAGCGGGAGACCUCGUUUAAAGACGCGGAAACGAGGAGUGGAGGAGUGUUUCCAGUAGGAGUUUGCGUGCGUUUUGGGGAAGACUUUUGAGCUGCGCGGAGAACCGACCGAUCAGCGGGCGAGAGCGCAGCGCGCAGCGGGAGGAGAGUGCGCACACGCGGGGCUCUGCCCUGCCAGACAUGGCUGAUCAGCGGGGCGCUGCAGGGGUCUCCAGAAAGACGCUCGAUGCUCCCCACUGAAGAACCAGUAGAUGAUGAUGGUGAUGAGAAGCGGCUCUCCACAAUAAUGAGCUAUCCGCCCGCGGUUCGGAACAUGGCUGUGAUCAUCCCCUACACCAGUGAUGUACCCUGUGACGCCAGAGGCCAGAGGAUGUGGUGGGCUUUCCUUGCCUCCUCCAUGGUCACUUUCUUCGGGGGUCUGUUCAUCAUCUUGCUGUGGAGGACCCUCAAGUACCUGUGGACGGUGUGCUGCCACUGCAAGACUAAAAAGAAGAACGUGCAGCGGGUCAGUAACCCGGCGGGGCUCGGGGAUGGUGUGACUAAAGCGGCGGCGGUGGUCAGCGAGGUGGGAUGGAUGACCUCAGUGAAGGACUGGGCCGGGGUCAUGAUCUCUGCUCAGACGCUCACGGGACGCGUGCUGGUGGUGCUUGUCUUCGCUCUGAGCAUCGGAGCACUUGUGAUUUACUUCAUCGACUCCUCCAAACCCAUCGAAUCCUGUCAGCAAUUCGACAAGGACUACACACUGCAGAUCGACAUGGCCUUCAAUGUGUUUUUCCUCCUGUACUUUGGACUGCGUUUCAUCGCAGCCAAUGAUAAGCUGUGGUUCUGGCUGGAGGUGAAUUCGGUGGUGGAUUUCUUCACCGUCCCACCUGUGUUUGUGUCCGUGUAUCUGAACAGGAGCUGGCUGGGAUUGAGGUUCUUAAGAGCCUUGAGGCUGAUCCAGUUUUCAGAAAUAUUACAGUUUUUAAAUAUCUUAAAAACAAGCAACUCCAUAAAGUUGGUGAAUCUGUGCUCAAUCUUUAUAAGCACAUGGCUGACGGCAGCGGGCUUCAUUCAUUUGGUGGAAAACUCAGGGGAUCCUUGGGAAAACUUCCAAAAUUCCCAACCGCUUUCCUACUGGGAGUGUGUGUACUUACUCAUGGUAACCAUGUCCACAGUGGGAUAUGGAGAUGUCUGUGCUAAAACAACCCUCGGACGUCUUUUCAUGGUCUUCUUCAUUCUCGGAGGAUUGGCAAUGUUUGCUCGCUACGUGCCAGAAAUCGCUGCUCUCAUCCUUAAUCGGAAGAAAUAUGGAGGGAGUUAUAACUCGACCCGAGGAAGAAAGCAUAUAGUCGUCUGCGGUCACAUCACACUGGAGAGCGUCUCCAACUUCCUCAAAGACUUCCUACACAAGGACAGGGAUGAUGUCAAUGUAGAAAUAGUUUUUCUCCAUAAUAUUUCCCCUAAUCUUGAGCUGGAAGCCUUAUUCAAAAGACACUUCACACAGGUGGAGUUUUACCAGGGAUCUGUCCUCAACCCUCACGAUCUCGCUCGAGUCAAGAUUGAGUCGGCUGAUGCCUGUCUGAUCUUAGCCAAUAAAUAUUGUGCAGAUCCUGAUGCUGAAGAUGCAUCCAAUAUCAUGAGGGUGAUAUCCAUUAAAAACUACCAUCCAAAGAUCCGAAUCAUUACACAGAUGCUGCAGUACCACAAUAAGGCUCAUCUUCUCAACAUCCCGAGCUGGAACUGGAAGGAGGGCGAUGACGCCAUCUGCCUCGCCGAGCUAAAGCUGGGCUUCAUCGCCCAGAGCUGCCUGGCACAGGGUCUGUCCACCAUGCUGGCCAACCUCUUCUCCAUGAGGUCCUACAUCAAGAUUGAAGAAGACACAUGGCAGAAGUAUUAUUUAGAGGGAGUAGCCAAUGAAAUGUACACGGAGUAUCUGUCCAGUGCCUUCGUGGGUUUGUCUUUCCCCACCAUUUGUGAACUCUGCUAUGUGAAGCUGAAACUCUUGCUGAUCGCGAUCGAGUAUAAAUCAGACCAGAGAGAGAGCAGCACGCUGAUUAACCCGGGCAAUCAUGUGAAGAUGCAGGAGGGAACACUGGGCUUCUUCAUCGCCAGUGAUGCCAAGGAAGUGAAGAGGGCGCUUUUCUACUGUAAAGCUUGUCAUGAUGACAUUACAGACCCAAAGCGAAUCAAGAAGUGUGGGUGCAAACGGACCAAGAAGUCUGCCUACAAGAGAAUGCAUCUGGCAUGUUGUGUAGCUUGCGGUGGGGCAGAACGUGGCUGCUCGUGCAUGUCAGACAGUGUGGCUAGUAACAUGGAGGUUCUGCACCGUGGCUUUUCCUUCUCUCCUGUGUCUCUGUAUGAUAACACGACCAAUUUAUGCUCCUCUAAAAGUAACUAUAACGGAUACAUCAAAUCAAUAGUGGAGGAGGAGCAGCAGUCGACUCUGUCGCCCAAGAAAAAACAGCGUAACGGAGGGAUGAGAACGUCACCCACAUGCUCGCCUAAAAUAAUAAGACACGACCCGUUGUUGGUCCCUGGACACGAUCAGAUGGAAACAAUGGAUGAGAACAUAAAGAAAUAUGAUUCGACGGGAAUGUUUCACUGGUGUCCAUCAAAAGACAUCGAGAAGGUCAUGCUGACUCGCAGCGAGGCGGCGAUGACGGUUCUGAGCGGUCAUGUGGUGGUUUGUAUAUUCGGCGAUGUGAAGUCGGCUCUGAUUGGUCUGCGUAACCUUGUGAUGCCUCUGAGAGCCAGUAACUUCCACUAUCACGAGCUGAAGCCCAUCGUGUUCGUGGGCUCUCUGGAGUAUCUGAAGAGAGAGUGGGAGACGCUACACAACUUCCCCAAAAUCUCCAUCUUACCCGGGACUCCACUGAGUCGGGCCGAUCUGAGAGCGGUCAACAUCAACCUGUGUGACAUGUGCGUCAUCCUCUCAGCCAAUCAGAACAACAUCGACGACGCCUCUCUGCAGGAUAAGGAGUGUAUUCUGGCGUCCCUCAACAUCAAGUCCAUGCAGUUUGAUGACAGUAUUGGACUCCUGCAGGCCAACUCUCAAGGUUUCACUCCUCCUGGCAUGGAUCGCUCGUCUCCGGAGAACAGUCCCAUACACAGAUUGGUGCGAAAGACGUCCAUAACCACCGGAGCAAACAUUCCCAUCAUCACAGAGCUCGCUAAAACAGAGAAGUUGCUGCCCCUGGUUUCUCUGAGCCAGGACAAGAGCAGCGGGAACAACAUCCCGAUGAUAACGGAGCUGGUGAACGACUCAAACGUCCAGUUUCUGGACCAGGACGAUGACGAUGACCCUGACACGGAGCUGUACCUCACGCAGCCGUUCGCCUGUGGGACAGCGUUCGCCGUCAGCGUGCUGGACUCAUUAAUGAGUGCCACGUACUUCAAUGAUAAUAUUCUGACUCUGAUCCGGACGCUGGUGACCGGUGGAGCGACGCCGGAGCUGGAGGGUCUGCUGGCGGAGGAGAAUGCACUGCGUGGAGGAUACAGCACACCGCAGACACUGGCCAACAGAGACCGAUGCCGCGUGGCACAGCUGGCGCUUUACGACGGACCCUUCGCUGAUCUCGGGGAUGGAGGCUGUUAUGGUGAUUUAUUCUGUAAAGCAUUGAAGACGUACAACAUGUUGUGUUUUGGAAUCUACCGAUUAAGAGACGCACAUCUGGGAGCACCCAGCCAGUGCACCAAACGAUACGUGAUCACGAAUCCUCCGUACAACUUCGAGCUGGUGCCUACAGAUCUGAUCUUCUGCUUGAUGCAGUUUGACCACAACGCCGGCCGGAUGCGCUCCAACCUUUCGUCCAACUCCACCUACUGCCCGAGCAAGAAGAGCCCAUCCGCCCUCUCCAUCCCUUCAUCCGCCCGGCCGGGACGCAGCCGGAGCCGCGACCUGCGCGACAAACAGAAUGUGCCCAGGACGAAUAGAGGGGUUUCAGAUAAAACCUGGUACACAGACGAACCUGAAAACAGCUUCCCUAGAAACACCCAAACUAAACACACCAACACACACACAGCCAAUCAGACCAGCCAGUACAAAUCCACCAGCAACAUCAUCCAGCCAAUCAGAGAAGUGGAGGAGGAGCCUUGAGAUGACCUCAUCUAGACUCAUCAG